AGCCAUUACCUCAUGUCCUAUCAUUACAUGCCCUAUCACUACUAGUACCUCUCCGGCUUUCUUGUAGGCCCCCUUUAGGUACUGGAAGGCUGCUAUAAGGUCUCCCCGGAGCAUUCUCUUCUCCAGGCUGAACAACCCCAACUCUCUCAGCCUGUCUUCAUAGGAGAGGUGCUCCAGCCCCUUGAUCAUCUUCAUGGCCCUCCUCUGGGCUCACUCCAACAGGUGCGUGUCCUUCUUAUGUUGGGGGCCCCAAAGCUGAACACAGUGCUCCAGGUGGGGUCUCACCAGAGUGGAGUAGAGGGGCAGAAUCACCUCCCUCGACCUGCUUGCUGGUCAUGCUUCUUUUGAUGCAGCCCAGGAUACGGUUGGCUUUCUGGGCUGCAAACACACAUUGCCAGGUCAUGUUGAGUUUCUUGUCAACCAACACCCCCAAGUCCUUCUCCACAGGGCUGCUCUCGAUCCACUCAUAUGAAAGUAAAAUAGCCAAGUGAGCUUCCAUUUUAGUUUUGUCCUGAAAGAGGCUUUUCCUAAGACUAAAAGGCCAUUCAUGUUGUUUUGGGGGACUUCCCUGAGACUUUUAAGUAAGGUACCAAUUGUAAAGAACUGCUCACAAGACAGAGUCAUUUUCUAAGCCUUCAGGUGAGGCUCCUUUCAAACCACUGACAUGGUGGAAAGCUUCUUGUAUCACAUUCUUAAACCCUGGGUAAUUGGAUUGCUUAACAGACUGUCUGGUAAUCUCAUACAUAGCAUUUAACCACAUAGUAAGGCAGGGAACUAAUCUCUGCUACGGUACAUUUGACCCAGCUUUUGACCUUUGUCAUCUUCAAUAAUAAAUAUGCUCAGGCUGUACCUUUCUGUACAUUCUGAAUACAGUAGAUGUGCAGUCAGGAUAGGAGGGUGUAUUAAAUCCUAUGUGUUGCCAACUUUGUCAGCUGAUGGAACUCCUGUGUGCCUGGAAAUAAGGCCAGAAUAGUGGAAGCUUUACACAAAAGCCAUUAUGGAUGGAGCUUCUCUGCUUCGCUGGAGCAGGGAUGGCUAUAGGAAUUGUGAGCUGCUGUGCUUGCUCUCCCUGGCUUGUUAAAUUUACAAGCACUGUGUGACACAAACUUGGAAAGGUGUCAGUGGAAAGAAAUGUGCAAAAUAAGACACCCUGAGCACAGAGCGGAAGAGCAAGAAGGUUGGUCUAAUAAGAAUGAGCGGUGAAGAAUGGUACAUUUUUCAAAGCAGAUCUUACAUACUUAGUGCCUGUUUUAUAGACAUCUUUGUGUUACAGGUGUGUGUGUAUAUGAUGUUGAAGGUUGGCUGAAUGUCAGCUUUGGAUAACAUAAAAGUGUACCAGCAUAACAGAGGGCAUCAGACACGUUCUGCUGACUUAGUCUCAGCAUUUAGUGACAUGAUCAAACUAUGCUAGAAAGCCAGAAGAAAGUAGUCCCUGUUCAGCUGAUGGAUUGCCAGACUCACAGACCUGCGUGCAUCUGAAGUGGAUGCAGGAGCCAGGGCUUUGACUUAGAGAUGUACAACACAAUCGGGCAUAUGAGGGCUUACACAGACACAAAGGCAUGUGGUUUUGUCCACGUGUUUUGCUUGGAAGUUGAAAAGGAUUUUUUUAUAGUCAUCUGCAAGUAUAUUCACACGGUUCAUUUGAUGCAGAAGGCCUAAGGAUGGUAGAGUGUGUCUAUGUUAGUGGUGCGUACUGAAUGAUGUACUAGCUCAAUGCAGAGCAUUUUUACACUAUUUAGUGAUUCUGCAGCUAGUGAUUACACUGACAAAAGUUUACACAUCAACUCAACAUAGAAGUGCCUCAGCAUAGGAUGUCGUGGUAAAAGAGCUCCUACUCCCUUGGGCCCUGUAAGAGAAACAGUUUUGUCAGCUUGGGAACAAAAUAAACCGGUUUUCUAUAAAUUACUCUUUAUGGUGAAUGUGCUGUACCAAAAAAAAGGAAACAUGAAUACUUUAAUAUCAUGAAAAGUGAUAUUUUUGGCUUUAAUCUGUAAGAUAUGAGAGAGAAACCUUGAUGGCUGAAUAGGUUUUCUUAUAUAUAAUAAAACACAGCUCUUGGUGGAAGAUUUUCCUAUAAUUAGAGCAUUUAUAAUGUCUUCUCUCUUUCUUUGAUGUCUUGUAAAAUAUAAACUCCUGCUGCAGCAUUGCCCAUCAUGAGCAUGCUAAUAAUGGCCUCUCUUCUCCGGUAGCGUAUUUUCAAAUAACUUUAUAUGAACAAAAUCAUUGAAAUUAUCCAUGAAAUAAAAAAUUAUGAAGGUUGGAUGGACAGUAGCCACACCUGUAACAUGAUUGCCUGAGCCUUAUUUUCUGAGGAUACUGAGCUGAAAAGUGUCUGUAUCACAUUCUGACUCCUCCAGAAAUGAUGAAUGUGUGUAGUUAUAGAGGAUGCAAAUCCAUUUCUCACUACUGAAUUAUGAAUUCUGAAUGAAAGAAUUUUAGGAUCUUUUCCUGAUGGUUACUAUUUUGAAAACUCAUCCUGGUAAGGUAAGGCUUGAGAAUUAACAAUUUACUUUGCUGGCAGCUUUCCAUCCCUAGCCAUUGUUAGGAACGCAUUAAAAAGACCUUUGAUUAAGCUUUCUUUCCACGCUGGUUGGAGAGGUUUUCAGUGAAGCUUGGUUGGGGAGAUGGAGUGGUGCUAUGAAAAUAUUUUGAUUAAGAAAAUGUGUUAGUUCUGUUAAGAAAAGUAUUUUGUGUUUAGGCUAAAGUUUUUCAUCAGAACUGAAGACGAACGUGUGUUCUUCAUCCUCAAGUACUCAGCGUACCCAUGGGCUCAGCAUUCAAGCUGCUUACCUGGGAUGCGAGGAGCAGAGGCUCGUCCCCCUUCUUUGGAUUCAGAUCCUGGGCUUGAAUCUCAGUAUACCUAAAUAUAAGGAGACUAUAGGUUGAAAAGAUGUAAGUAUGCCAACCCCCCUCUUUCCCUCCCAGCCUGUUACAGCUCUACGGCCUGUAGACAGAUCUGUGCCUACCAACCUUUUGUCCCGCUGCAAAACAGCGUGUCUUUGGUUAUCGCCGAAGCUUUUAAGAAAGCCUAAGAAGUACUUCCCGAUGGCGGUAACGCUGACAGAAAGCAACCACGUACUUCGAAAGGAGUCGUUGCGGCGCAGCCCGCGGCAGGCAGUUUGCGGGGAGCGGAGCUGCGGGCCGUGGGUUUCUGCGCUGGGGGGUGCUGUUGCCUGCGGAGAGGCCGCUGCAGCCCAGCGCGGGGGGGCGCAUAAAGCGCUCGCUUAGAGCCGCAGCCUCGCAGAGCUGCCAUGAGUACUGCUGACCGGUGUGUCUCCUUGCACUCAGGCUCUCGGACCAAGGAAAGGGAACUUCCUCUUUAAAGCUACGUAUUACUAAGUAAGGAGGAUUUCUGAUGGGCGGAGUUCUCCCUUGAGCAGGCUAGAUAAAGGCUUGCGGGAUUUACAGACCUCUCAGACUGCAAUCAGCAUGAACUGCAGCCUGUCAGACAGAGUGCUGCUCAGCUACACGAUGGCUGGACAGCGGGACAGGUUGUGCCUUCAGUCUCUUUGGGACUUUGUCACAGCAAAGGAGCCAUUGAUCAAGUCACCUUUUUUUCCAGUGCUGUUUUCUUUUACAGCAUACAUGGCUUUCUGUCUUCCAUAUAUUGCACUGGACUUUUUAAGCACUGGACUACCAAACUUGAGAAAAUACAAAAUCCAGCCACAGAACUAUCCAACUCUUGGAAUGAUGGUGCCUUGCAUUAUUCAAAGUGCGUAUCACCAUGUUGUUUUGAUCUUCCCGGUGACAUUUCUCCACUGGUACUGGAGACCAAUGAAUCUACCAGUGAUAGCUCCAGAGCUGCCUGAGGUCCUGCUGGAAGUAGGAGUUUGCCUGCUUCUGUUUGAUUUUGAGUACUUCCUGUGGCAUUUGCUUCAUCACAAGGUGCCUUGGCUCUACAAGACUUUCCACAAGGUGCAUCACAAGCAUGUGUCAACGUUUGCUCUUACUACACAGUAUUCCAGUGUAUGGGAAUUGCUCUCACUGGGAUUUUUUGCUGCUAUCAACCCAGUGCUCCUCGGAUGCCAUCCUUUGACAGAAAUGAUUUUCUUCCUUGUAAACAUUUGGUUGUCAGUGGAGGACCAUUCAGGAUAUGACCUUCCGUGGUCAACUCACCGACUUGUGCCUUUUGGUUUGUAUGGAGGAGCACCACAUCAUGAUCUCCAUCAUCUCAAAUUCAAAUCAAACUAUGCUCCUUACUUCACCCACUGGGACAAACUCUUCGGGACAUUCACAGAGUCGCAUUCUAAUUAAGGAUAUUUACCUGUGGACAAACUCUUAUUUUUUAUAGACUAAACGGGGACAUUAAUUUUUCAAAGACAUGCGGAAGAUUGUAUAUUUGAAGCUGCCUGUAAAAGCAAUAGCUAUUUAUAACAAAUACUCUUAAUAUAUGUGUAUUUGUAUGUAUACUUGGAACUGCCUAUGUUAAAUGACUGCAAAUGGGAGGGUAAAUAUCUGUUGCCUAAAUUUGUUUGAGUCAAAGGUGUAAGGGAAGCAUUAAGAGACAUUCUCUCUUCUUUCCUUCUUUCCAGCUUUCAUAAAGCAUGUAUUGUAUUACUGUAUGAUGUUUUAUACAUACGCCAGAACAACUAUCUUACUGUUGUAGGAUGAUUUAUGAUGUAAACAGAAAAGGUACACAUCAUAGAUUUUGUGGAGUUUAAUCUGCUAGAGCAUAUUAUUGCACAAUGAUGUUGUAAAAUAUUGCUGCCAAACAAAGCUAGUUGGCUAACCGUGCAAUAAUUUUGAUAUUUAUAUUUUAAACCUUGAUGUACUGUCUGUUUUUAAUAGAAAAUAAAUAUGGUCAUUCUUUUAAAAUUA